AUGACUCAGAUUGGGGUUUUUUCUGUAACCAGUCCCAUGGAAUCCGCUAAUUACCGAAAAGGUAAUCUUCUCUCUCCUCCCCACCUUUCAUAUUUUGCCCUUCAUUCUCAUUCCAACACUAUAAACCCUAGAAGAUCUACUCCUUCUGCGACCAUCAUCAGCCAAGCAAAACCCCAACCCAGUUUUGGAAGAGAAAGGUUGUUGAAAAGAAAACCCAGGUCGGGGAAUCUGCGCCUUGCGCAAGAUGAUGUUCCAACCAUUUUCAAAAUCAAUAAGGCGUUGGCGAUUAUUGCGAAGUCGGGUAAGUACGGCAAAGCUCUUUCUCAUUUCAUCGAGUUGCAGUUAACGGAGAUUGAGCUAGAUUUGUAUACCUUCGCCAUUGCUAUUAAGUGCUAUUGUCACCUGAAUCGAGUUGGCUUCGGGUUAUUGCUUUUAGGCGGUAUCUUCAAACGCGGUUAUACGCCUGAUGUAGUUACCUUCACCACUCUGUUAAAUGGACUUAUCACACAAGAUAAAGCUGAUGAGGCUCUUUCUCUUUUUUACAAGUUGCAGUUACAAGACAUUGAGCUAGAUUUGUACACCUUAAGCAUUGCAAUUAACUGCAAUUGUCGUGUGAAUAUGGUUGGCUUUGGGUUAUCGCUUUUAGGCGGUAUCUUCAAAUGCGGUUAUACGCCUGAUGUAGUUACCUUCACCACUUUGUUAAAUGGACUUAUUGCACAAGAUAAAAUUGUUGAGGCUCUUUCUCUUUUCAACAAGUUGCUGUUACAAGACAUUGAGCUCAAUUUGUAUACCUUCAGCAUUGCAAUUAACUGCUAUUGUCGCGUGAAUAUGGUUGGCUUUGGGUUAUCGCUUUUAGGCGGUAUCUUCAAACGCAGUUAUACGCCUAAUGUAGUUACCUUCACCACUCUGCUAAAUGGACUUAUCGCACAAGAUAAAGCCGAUGAGGCUCUUUCUCUUUUCAACAAGAUACAGUUGCAUGACAUUGAUCUAGAUUUGCACACCUUUAGCAUUGCAAUUAACUGCUACUCUUGCGUGAAUCAAGUUGGCUUUGGGUUCUCUCUUUUAGGCAGCAUUUUCAAACACGGAUAUACACCUAAUAUAGUUAUCUUCAACACCAUGUUAAAAGGACUUGUUACACAAGAUAAAGCUGAUGAGGCUCUUUCUCUUUUCAACAAGUUGCAGUUACAAGACAUUGAGCUAGAUUUGUACACCUUCAACAAUGCAAUUUACUGCUACUGUCACGUGAAUCGGGUUGGCUUUGGGUUCUCUCUUUUAGGCGGUAUCUUCAAACACGGUUAUACGCUUGAUGUAGUUACCGUCAACACUCUGUUAGAUGGACUUAUUGGACAAGAUAAAGCUGAUGAGGCCUUGGAGUUAUUUUGA